AUGACUGAGUUUGGAGAUUUUAUAAGUGCUCUGGGGGAGUUUGGGCUAUAUCAGAAAUUGCUGGUACUGUUCCUCUCCCUCCCACUACUUCUUAGUCCUUUCCAAAUGAUUGGCCAAGUGUUCAUGGUUGUGGAUGUGCCUCAUCACUGCGACACCAGCUGGAUCCGUGCCGUCGGCCCCAACCUGACGGAGGAAGAGCAGCUGAACCUCACCCUGCCCCGGGACAUGGACGGGGCGUACGAGCAGUGCUCCAUGUACUCGCCGGUGGACUGGGACCUCGGCUCCAUCGUGGCGUACGGCCUGAACACAACAGAGAAAUGCAGCAGUGGUUGGGUGUACCCCUCAACACAACCACCAUCCCUGCUGACCGAGUUUGACCUGGUGUGUGACAGGAAGGACCUGAACGACAUCUCCCAGUCCAUCUACAUGCUGGGGCUUCUCCUAGGAGCCAUGAUCUUUGGGCCACUAAGUGACAGGAUAGGCCGUCGGCCAAUCUUUCUGAGCUCCAUCCUCCUCCAGGGCUUGUUUGGUGUAGGAAUUGCCUUUGUGCCCCAUUUCUAUGUGUACAUGGCCUUCAGAUGUGUCGUGGGGGCUUCGGUGUCAGGAAUCCUGAUUACUACCUUGGCCUUGGCUACCGAAUGGGUUGGUGUCUCCUCCCGGCCAAAGGCAGUGCUUAUUUCCCACUGCUUUGUCGCCAUCGGACAGAUGCUUUUGGCUGGCUUGAGUUACGGUAUUCGCAACUGGAGGCUGCUGGAAAUUGCAGGAUCUGCUCCAAUGUUUUCCUUUUUCUUCUACAUCUGGGUGCUACCAGAAUCAGCUCGGUGGCUGGUGACAAAAGGCAGAAUAGAAGAAGCUAGGAAGGUCCUUCAGAAGGCAGCAUCCAUCAACAAGCGCACCAUCCCACCAGGACUCCUUGAGCAGUUGAAGCCUGAGACGCAGACCAAGUCUGGAAGUACUCUGGAUCUCUUUCGGAAGAAGCACCUCCAGAAGGUGACUUUAAUCAUGUCGUGCGCCUGGUUUGCAGACAGCCUUGUCUACUAUGGGCUGAGUCUGAACGUGACAAGUUUUGGUCUGGACAUCUACCUGACGCAGCUUGCUUUUGGGGCAGUGGAGUUACCAGCUCGAUUUUGCUGCAUUUUCCUGCUGCAGUGGUUUGGGAGGAAGAAAACCCAGGCCGUUCUCCUGCUGCUGUCUGGCCUGAUGUGUCUCGUCAUCACUGGCAUCCCUGAAGACCAGCCCGUGGCAACCACUGUCCUGGCCAUCAUUGGCAAGUUUACGGCCACGGCCUCCUUCUCCACCUCCUACGUCUACUCUGCAGAGCUCUUCCCUACAGUCGUCAGGUGA